AGGAGGCGGAGCUGCGAGGCCGCCCGUCCCCGGGCCGCCGCCGCCGCCGCGGUGCCCGCUCCUCCCCGCGCCGUGCCGCGCCCCGCCCGCCCGGCCGCCUCGCCUCCUCCGCGGCGGGCCCCCCUCGCAGCUGCGCGGCCGCCGACACCGAGGAGGCGCGAGCCAUGGAGGGCAACCGCGACGAGGCGGAGAAAUGCGUGCAGAUCGCUCGCGAGGCCCUGAGCGCCGGCAACCGCGACAAGGCCCAGCGCUUCCUGCAGAAGGCCGAGAAGCUGUACCCGCUGCCGGCCGCGCGCGCAUUAUUGGAAAUAAUUAUGAAAAAUGGAAGCACCGCUGGAAACAGCACACAUUGCCGAAAACCUCCAGGGGGUGGGGACCAGAGCAAGCCUACCUGCACAAAGGACGGCACCCCGAGUAGUGGUGAAGGAGGAAAAGUCUACACCAAAGACCAAGUAGACGGAGUUCUCAGCAUAAACAAAUGUAAAAAUUAUUAUGAAGUUCUGGGAGUUACAAAAGAUGCUGGUGAUGAAGAUUUGAAAAAAGCUUAUAGGAAGCUUGCUUUGAAGUUUCAUCCUGACAAAAACCACGCCCCUGGAGCCACGGAUGCUUUUAAAAAGAUUGGAAAUGCUUAUGCGGUUUUAAGCAAUCCAGAGAAACGAAAACAGUAUGACCUCACGGGCAGCGAAGACCAAGCUUGUAAUCACCAAAACAACGGCAGGUUCAAUUUCCACCGAGGCUGUGAAGCCGACAUAACUCCGGAGGACCUGUUCAAUAUCUUUUUUGGAGGUGGAUUUCCUUCAGGUAGUGUACAUUCAUUUUCAAAUGGCCGGGCUGCUUACAGCCACCAACAUCAACACCGACACAGUGGCCACGAAAGAGAAGAAGAAAGAGCAGAUGGAGGGUUCUCUGUGUUCAUCCAGCUGAUGCCCAUUAUUGUGCUGAUCCUAGUGUCCUUGUUAAGCCAGUUGAUGGUCUCCAAUCCUCCUUAUUCCUUAUAUCCCAGAUCUGGAUCAGGACAAACUAUUAAAAUGCAGACAGAAAACUUGGGUGUUGUUUAUUACGUCAGUAAGGACUUUAAAAGCGAAUACAAAGGAGCACUAUUACAAAAGGUAGAAAAGAGCGUGGAGGAAGAUUAUGUGACGAAUAUUCGAAAUAACUGUUGGAAAGAAAGACAGCAGAAAACAGAUAUGCAGUAUGCUGCUAAAGUGUACCGUGAUGAGCGGCUGCGGAGGAAGGCGGAUGCUCUAAGCAUGGACAACUGCAAAGAGCUGGAGCGGCUGACCAGUCUUUAUAAGGGGGGAUAAGCAGGAAGUCCCGCCUACUCCUUCCCAUGUACUCUGUCUUUUCUGUACAUUUCAUUUCGCCGUGAAGCCGAAGAAGACUUGAUUACAGACUAAGCUGAGGAGUUGACUCCUGAGAUCUUGAACUGUUGAUGGCCUACUGGCGCAUUCAGUAGUAAGAGCGGAGAACUAAAUACUUUAGUAUGCUUCUGCACUUACUUUCCCUCUGAAAUCUUACAUGAUUCCUUACGAUGUCUGGAGAGGAUUAUCACACCUGUAGCAAUUGCCAGUUUUAGUGAUUCUCCAUUAUUCCUUUGCCAUGUAAAUAAUUUUAGAAUCAUUUUGUGUAUAUAUGAAUGCUUGCCUUUUAUUUAAAUUAUUUUAGAGUUUAGCUCCAUGAGGCGCUCUGUUUAGGCUGAUGGAAUGAAUGUUUAUGACACAGUACCAUUUUCCAUUAGGUAUUUGGGUGUGUGGAGUUUAAACAAUGAAACUUUUUCAAAAAGAAAAGACAAAACUUUAUGUAAAAGCUUAUAACAGUGUAGAAGGAAUUGACAUUUUUAAUAUUGUUCUUAUAUUCCAGAAUAUGUAAUGAGAUAAAUGAGCUGGUAUAUACUAUCAGUAUGCUCUUUAGUUUUAUGAAUUGCUAAGCCAUACAUAGGAACAAAAUGCUAUAAGAUAGAUUUUAAAGAAAAUAUGGUGACAAAUAUUAUGCUAAAUGAGUUUUCAGUGGUAAGUUGCAGUUAUGCCAUUCACAAUUCCGGUAAUUAAAAGUUAGCCCCAAAUGUUCAUUUAUGUAUUUUUCAAGGCUACUGAAGCUUAUGAAGCAAAAGAUGAACUUUCUUCCCAUGGAAAUUCAAUUUCAUGGAUAUAACUGAAGCAGGACCCCCAAAGCAAAUGGAUUCUUCUACAAAUACGUAAUAAGAACAAAAUGACCACUAACACCCAGCUACGUGCCUUUCCAGCUGCCGCUGACUUAUCUGACAGAGCACGAUCUCUUGGGCCACACACGGCCCUGAGCAGAGGUAGAGCAGCAGCUGGAGCUGUGAUUGACAGCAAGACCUCAUCUGAGCAUUCUGAGCUGAGCUCACUUGCCCCCAGACAAUUCAUCAGAUCUUUAGACUCAGCUUCUUGUAACUCAAUCUGUAAUACACGGUGGGAAAGCACAGCUGGGACUUGAAGUUUUGGUGCUUUCUGGGUUUGAAAUGAUUUCUGGUCUUCUAUGUUUAACGAUAGUGAUGGCUUCAUGGUUUCGCUUCAUACAGUUAAGGAAUUACAAACAUAGUUUUGGUAGUUUGUUGUCCUGUCCCAUACCCCCCUUCCGCAAUCCCUUGCUCAAGAACGAGCAUGUUAGGUAGAGAGACUUUGUGGUUUUGCUUACGGAUUCUUUUCUAAAUAUUGCUGUUUUGUCAUCUGUUGGCUUGUCUUGAAAACAGUCUCUUGUGUUCUGUUGUCAGAGUCUCCAGUAGAAAGAUCUGAUUAUAAUUACACACAUGGUUUUAGGUGUCUGGACAGCCCCACCAUGCCUAGAAAUGGGACCUGUAACAAGAGGAGUGCCACAAAGAAAAGGUUCCUCCUGAAGUUCUCACACCAUACAUUUAAUAUAAAACUAUUACAGCGCUGCAUGUCUAGUCAUCCUUCGUAAGAACCUUUUCCUCACCAUCAUCCAUAUUUCUGUCACUCUCUAAAGUAGAAUCUUGACUUUUCUAGCUUCUGAGGAACACCUUCAAAGGACCAUGUACCACAGUGGCUGCCUCUACCUCCUCAGUAUGUGUCUGUCCAUGGGUUCUUCUCCAUGCUCUCACGAAGGCCGAGGGCUUGACGUAGGAAUCACUGCUCUUUGCUUGUAAUAAACUGGGGUUGAGUUUUACACUAAUGUCACAUUCACAAUUCCAGGGCACUCUGGGCCUUGUUCUCAGAGCCUUCCAAGUUCUGUUCUGCUUCCUUCAGCAAACUUCCUGUCUGACGAUUAGCCUGAAUUAGAGUUGUUUAGUUCAUGUGAAUGGUUUCCUAAAGUUGCAUGCCUCUAAACAUAGCUGUUUGUAUUUUUCUACUCCUUUUUCAUACAAAUCUUCUUCAGCUCUUAUUUCAGCGUUCAGUUUGCAGACUUCUGAAUUGCAUCAAACCGUUAUUAUUCCUUUAAUUUCUUUGUAUUUCCAUCAGCUGUUGAUCUUGUUCUCUGGAAUAAGAUGAUAAGACUUAGUGCUUCUCUUCCCAGAGUCCUCUGGUCCUUGAGGAGGCUGCCAAGCUGCUUUUGUGAUGCUUUUUGUGCUUGCUCAUUGCAUCACUUUCUUUCUGUAUUUCGAGUCUCACCACAUAGCUCUGGCUGGUUGGAGCUCUGAGUGUAGACCAGGCUGGUCUGGAACUCACAGAGAUUGGCCCAUGCCCCACCCCCACCCAUGCUGGGAUUAAUGGAAUGUGCUCCCAUACCUGGUAAUAAAGUGGGAUGGUUUUUUUGUUUUCUUUUGUUUUUUGUUUUGUUUUGUUUUUGAGACAGUGUUUCUCUGUGUAGCCCUGGCUGUUCUUUAGACCAGGCUGAAUCUCUGUAGAUUGAGAUCCACCUGUCUCUGCUUCCCAAGCAUAGGGAUUAAAGACAUGCACCACCACCACCCAGCUAUAAUGUGUAUUUUCAUUCAGAAGAACACAUAGUUUUCCAUUUCCCAUGAAGAUCAUGGCUCUCAUGUUUAACAUAGCCAUUGAAAUAUCCAUUUCAAAACUCUCUUAUUUUUAAAGAUCUGUGACAACUAAAUUCUUAAGUUUCUUGUUCAUGUAAAUCCUCUGUUCUUCAUUGUAAGGGUUUCUUAAGUCCAGUGCACUUUUGAAGUCUUCUUUCGUCUAUGUUUGAUCUGAAGAAUGAUGUGUACAUACUGUUUCAACUCAGUAACUUCCUUAGUUGUCCCUUUGGUCCCCAGCCAGCUUUGCACUGACUGCCCCAGUCUGUCAGCACAGCCUUUAACCUGGAACAUCCAAGGCAAGCUUGUAAGGGCUUCAACCGCUGGUCGUUCCUGUGAUUCUUGCGACUGUUUGAAAUUGUUUUAUUGUAAAUUUUAUUUAUUCUUAUGUUUAUGGUGUGUGUGUGUAUGUGUGUACAUGUGCCAAGGUGUACACAGAGAACACCUUGCAGGAGUUAAUUCUCUUCUUAUGCCUUGCUCAAUUCUGUGGACUGAACUGGAGUCCUCAGACUUGUGCAGGGAGUAUUUUAUUACUGAGCCAUCUCACCAGCCCUCAGAUUCUCUUUUCUAUGUUAAUUCCAUAGGCAGUGUCCUCAGAGAGACUCCAGCCUCUUCAUGCUAUAGCUCUUCCGCCCUGGCCACUAGGUUUAAGUUUUUCAUUUUCUCCCUUCUUUUUUCAAAAGCUGUGUUUUAUUAAUGCAUAUUAGUUACAUAUGUCAAUGGGUUUCAUUAUGACAUGUUCAUACACAUGUAUAAUACAUUCCAUCAUCUUCACCCCUAUGGCCCUCUCUCCUUCAGUCUUUUUGUUGAUGAUGAUGACGACCCAAGGAGUUUUCAUUGUGGUUGCAUGUAGGGAAUAGGUGAUGGAUUAUUUACAGGAACAUAGGCACAUUACCAGUGCCUGCAACCCUGAAGGAAACGUCUCCCUCCCUCAUCAGCCACUAGAUAGAUGCUCAGGGCAGGGUGUAACCUCAUGAGCCCCUCCCCCUCCACAAUGGGCUGUGGAUAGGCCUGACCUUAUAGAGACCAUGUGCAGAAUCACGGUGUGGUAACUGUGUCGAACACAUCACCACUUCUUGCGUUAUUUCCGCCCCCUGCUCUUCAGUGUUCUCAGAGUGGGUAGUGCAGGUGUCCCCUUACGCUGAGCACUCAGGAGUCGUGUCUCAUUACUGUGACCAUUGUGAGCUCUAAGGUCACUUCUGCCCACUACAGAAAUGAGUUUCUCUGACCAAAGCUGGCGGUAAGCCCUCACCCACGAGCACAAUAACAGUUUGCUGGCUUUUCAUUUUAGUGGAAACCUGCAGUUGCAAAGUUCUGUCUCCACCCGUGUGGCCCGUGAGCCUCAUGGUUUUACAUUUGCUAGUCUUGACUUCCCCGAUCUUACUUCCCAUUUUUUUCUUCAAAGGAGUUCACUGUGCCUGUUUUCAGUUUCUGUUUGCCUUUCGUUGGAUUCAAACAUAUAGAAACCUCUGAAUUUUCAUGCUGUCCUCACACAGGGGCCGCACUCCACUCUGUACUGUUCUGCUAUUAAUACACGUGCAGCAGAAGUGAGCACACGCCACAGAAUUUUAAAUAUUCUCUUGAGCCUGUAGAAUAAGUCACUUAAAACAUAGAGUUCUAAUUAACUUUGAAAGCUUGUAUCUAUCAGAAAUUUGUAGGAACUUGAAUGAAAAUCUUUAAGCUAUUUUUCCAGUUCUAGUGGGAAAUUUACAUUAAUGUGAUAGAUAUUUAUGUGAACCAAACCUACUUAAAUCCCAUCCUUAAAGAGAUAGAGAAGAUAGGUCGGGUUGAGAGACACUGACACAGCAUAGAGUCACACAUGGCUUCGGACAGUAUUGUUUCCGGUUCAUUGCUGCAUCCCAUCAUUUUUAUGACACUUAUGGGUUAGAUUAAACAGAACUUGGAAUUAGCUGUGGGCGUGGCUGACUGAGUGACUGGUCUCUCAAGCUACAUAUAAAGUAUGUAAGCAAUGACUGAAUUGUUAACGAUGCCUGAAUUGUGGAAGGAAAUAGUUGGUGGCUUUGAAUUUAACUUCAUGUGUAUUUAGAUGGCUUGAGCUGAAAGAUUUCUGUGUGCUUGCUACUCACGCUAUGGUACAAAGCCCAAUAUUUUCUGCCUUAUAGCUACAUGAGGUUUCCCAGUUUCAUUCGCUCGCUUUCAUCUUUACCCAGUAGCUCUUCACCUUUGCAUAUUAACUGGGAGGUUUGGGAAUGGUAGUUAUACUGUUAGUAAUUGACGUUUUAUCUCCUUACACACAGAGAAGCAUGCACUCACGCUCAUCCACACAAGUUGGGAGGAAAGAAACAGUACUUUCCCUCCUUUCCAUUCCCUUCUUCCUGAAUACACUAACAUUAGUUAUUUAGUUAUCUUGAAGUCUUAGGGUUUUUUUGACCAAAUAGGCUAACUGAACACCGAGGAAUCUCAAGUUUCCUGUCUAAUAAGUGAAAACAACAUUUUGAGACCUGAUUGCAUCUGAGUGCACAAUCAUUUCAUAACCACUACAUGCUUAUUCAUGAUUGUCAGGUAAUUGAUAAGGAAAAUCCUUACAGGAUGUCUGUGUACGCGCGCACGUGCUCAUGUGCACGGGGGUUUGAAAGCACUCUGUUUUGUUGAGCUCAGGUGUCCCCAAGAACAGGACUGUGGAAUGCCAGCCCUUGACUUCAAAUGCACUUUUAUGCUGAAUUUUUCUUGCUGUUCAAACUUUUACACUGAUAUGUAAAGUAAGUGCGUUUUUAUUCUCCUUAUCUUUAUUAGUAACAUUGGAAUGCAGCUAUUUCACACGUGAUACACUUGUUACUGUGCUCUGAGAUGUUUAAUUUUAAAAACUCGCACUUCUUAAAGCGGUGAAAUGAUGACCGGUGGGCCAGAGGGCCGCAUGAGCCAUCCUUUCAAUCAGGCAAGUAUCAUAGCAAAGGACCAAGUGGUUCAAAGAGAAAUGAGUGUCUUAGCUUAGCCUCCCCACUUGACGCUUGAGCUUAGUUCUGGAUGUCUUACCAUCCGUCUUUUUAUUGAGUGAGAUAAACUGAAAGGAAACCCAUAGCAUUUUUUAUUAUCUACAAGAAAGUGUAUGAAAAUGAACAUCCUGAAUUUAAAUCCAUAAGAUAGCUAAAAACUUUUGUCUGCUAGCUAUGUCAGAAUAGGUGGAAUCUUUAAAAUUCCCUGUAAAGCAAUGAAAAUAAAAGAAAAACACGACAGUAACCUCUACGUUUUGUUUUUCUGUAAACCCAGUUUUCCACUACAAGUAGAAGUCAGGCAUGGUAGCUCAUGCAUAUAGUCCCAAUACUUAAGUCACCAAGUGAGGCAGGGGAUUUAUGGAUUUGAGGCUAGCCUGGGUAUCUUGUAAGGCUGUUUCAAAUACAAUAAGAAACAAACACAAAAGCAGAAAGAACCAGGUUAAUUAAGCGCAACCUUUAAUAAUCUGGUUGGCUUCACAGUCCUGAAGCCAGGUUCCCUGUUUGGUUUCACUUCUAUAAAACAGAUACUUUCAUAUAAAUGGAAACAUUUUUUCCUCAAAGCAAUGAUUCAAAACAUGCUCCUUAUAUUAAGGAUUAUGUAACCACAUUUUUGUAAAUGCCCGCUGUGUAACUUUUUCCUAUUACGUGGUUCUUUUUCAAUUAAUUUGAUCUUCUGCUGGUAUAGGGGCCAAUAGAUCUGUGAAUAUUCUGUGGGUGUGUCCAUGUAUAAGUGUAUAUAUAAUGUAUAUAUUUUCCAGCUAAUACCUCAGAUGUGUGAUUGUUUAAUAAAUCCCAUACUGUUUGCACAGAGCAGGGCUUCCAUUAGCAGUAGGUAUUCUUAUUGCAAAAUUUGACCAUUAGUGAAGAGGAUUUCAGUGAUGUGAAACCUUUCAGUUGAUGUCCAUGUUUUAAUGCAGAUUCCCAGUUUAAGGCCCAUGCGUCAAGUAAAAUUGUAUCUUUCUGAGUCUGGUAACCCAGAAGUGGUCCUUGAAAUGUCCUAGUUUAGAAGUUAUUAAGACUCGGGGUGACUGCUUGCUGAAAUGUCUAGUAACUGCAUAGAGGCAACAGACACCUGAUGUAAGUGCCAGCAAGAUUCCGCUUAGCCCUCCAGCAGUACCGUGAACACUGGAAGGGACUUUUGAGUGACAUUACAUAGCCUUUUCACAUUACCUUCAGAAUGAAUUGGCAUUUAUGAUUUAUUUUUACUAAAAAGUGCUUUAUUUUUGGUCUUUAGGUUGCUAUGUGAAACUUUCCAUUUAAAGUUCUUGUUCAUUUGUUUGUUUGUUUGUUUGUUUGUUUAAGCUGCAGGUCAUUUCCAGGGUGUGAUAUAGAUUUUCAAGGUCUGGUGAGAUUUGAAUGGAAGCCUUGUGUUAGGAAAAUGAAGUACUAUUGAUAAAGGAGAUCUUCACAGUGCAUUCAAGAUCACAUAAUUAGGUUUAAAAAUGAAAGGUCUGAUUUGUAAAAAUUUAAUGUUCUAUCAGACUUAUCUAAGAUUUCCUGUGAGAACUUAAGCUGCUUUUGAUUUUUAAUGAAUGUUGUAAUGAAUGAUUUAUGAAUUUUUGUCUUUCAGUCUGUAAUUUAUCUCAACAUAUUAAUAAAAAGAAGGGAUGUUC